AUGGGACAUUAUGGAGAAUGUCACGUAGGUAUAGGUAACAAAAUGUCACGUAUACAUGGGUAACAUGGGGAUUGUCACGUAGAUACGUAGAAAAUAAAGUUUAGGUUAAUUUGGGUGAAGUUUAAUGUAAAGUUAUUUUUGUAAAAUGAAUCAAAGAACUAAAAACAAUAUUAAAACUAGUUUUUGGAUUUAUCUAAUAUGGGUAACGUUUUUAGGUAACGAAAGUAAGUAAACAAUUCUGUAAACGUACGUGAGUGCAAGAUUUCAAAAAGUUUCCGAAACCAAAAUAAAAUGUCAAACGAACUUUAUUCCUGUCAUUUGUAUCGUACGAUGUGGUUGCUGCUGCUCUUUGUAGUUUCCAUUAAGGAAUUACAAGUAGCAGCUUCAGAACCACAAAAGUUGGCAUGGUGUGAUACAUGUGAGAUCGGUUUUUCUUUGUUUUGGGUCCAAAAUUUAGCAAAGAACUUUUUCGUGAUUUUUUUAAAAUUUUUGGUCGAGUUGCUAGAGUAAUGUUAUGUUUUAUCUAUCUGGGUAACGUUUUAUCUAUUUUCAGUUCAAUGUAUGUUCUUGUUUGUACCAAGAGACGUCGACAUACCAAUCGGGAAGACCGAUACUCACUGUAAGUGUUUUAUAUAUGUUACUUCAAUUUAACCUGUAGAAUCUUUUAACUAACUCUUUUAUAAAAAACAUAUUGUUAUACCUUAUGUUUUAGGUAUUGUACUUCUUUACACUAACUUUUUUAGUUUCGUAUGUCCCAAGCCAAGAGCUGAUCAAAGCAUGGGGAGAGCCAGCAGAGUUGUUUGAAACGCAUUAUCAGAAGCUGGAAGUCAACAAAAUGGAUCCCAAAGUCUUCUACGAAACCGACAAAAGCCCCAGAUUCAGCUACACGUUCGUUCCUGAACUCGGUCGAUUUCAGGACAUUAUGAUGAUCAAGUAUGUUUAUUUUAAGUUUUGUUAUUAGUCUGGAGUUUAUUGUUUGUUUGGCUCGAUUAGACGAAUCAUGGGCUUGUUUUCUGUGAAAAGGUCUGGUCUAAUAAGGAGAGAUCAACUUCUAGAUGGGCAACAAGAUAUUCUUAGUUAUAUGUGUUUUCAUUUACCUUCGAAGUCCUUGAGUUACGUCUGAAAUGAUUAUCAUUUUUUCUUCCUUCAACUCAAUUCUUAACAAAAUUUUAAAAUUUAGUCCACACGACAAGUCAGGACCGAUCGAGUUACUGGAUAAGAUGGACGAAGGACCACACUCGAUCUUCGCAUUUGAAGCUCAAAAAGGCUGUGUCGACAAGUACGGUUACUUUGCGGUAAGUUGAUCUUUUUAAACAUUAUUGUUUCCAAAAUCGUAACAUACGUUAAGAUAUCUUAUUAGUAACAAUUACUUUUAAUUUUUAUGUAAAAAUGUUUCAGAACAGGAUAUACGACUCUGUGACAUGUAUGUCAUUGCAAAAUAUUCGAAUAAACAAAACUCAAGAACCUCAUCGAUAUUAUGCUGGACCUAUCAGCUUCAACAGAGUUAGGUUUGAUGAGGAUGACUACAUGCUACUGUAUCUGCUGACUAAUCGUUCGUAAGUUGCAACAGUGUAUUAUGAAUGAUAAUGGCUGUAAUAUGGUUAAAAUACUGUUUUUUUACAUCGACAUUGAACCAUAGUUUACUGUUUUAUAAAAAUGAUUUAGGCGAGUCUUUAGGUGACAUAAUGUUCUGUUAUAUCGUAUUUAGAACAUAUGAAUUAGAAUUCUGUAAUUCUUAUUUUAGGACAAAUAUGCGCACGUCUAAUUCAGCACUCAUGAGUAGUAUGGAGUAGUAUGUCGAUGGAGAACUUUGUGACAUGUAAACAUGCCGAGACCAAGGGUACUGACCUGGAUGCACAAUGUCACUCAGUCUUCAACAUUUUUGAUUACUCCAGAAUUUGUUGUUGCUUCCACGGUAACUGCGCCACAGUGGACAGAGAACAUGACGAGAACAGUGAUUUGAAGUGUCCGAUCGGAGAAUAUAACACCACUGAUUUCGUGCCAUUGAUAAUGAAAUACGACUUUGAUGAGUAUGGCUGGGCUGCCAGAAAGAGUUUAUGUCAGGUUGAAAUGUCACUUACAUAUGGGUAGGUUUUGGAUUGGCAAUGGUUAUAUUUUGAAGUGGUAAUAAGUUAGUUGUAUAUUACUAAUAACUAUUGUUUUUCAAGGUUUGAAAAUAUAGUUUGGCGCCAAAAGUUUUCGUGAUGAAACUCACGGGUACUGGCCAGUACCGGGCGUGUGAUUUUUUUGGUAGAUGAGGUAGGGAGGAGGGGAGGGCUAUAUAUAUUUUUUUCAAACUGCGAUUCAUGUGCUGACAUUUCCAGAAACAACAACGCAGAACUUAACAUCAGACUAAAUGGCUCUCAUGACAUUGUAACAGGCCCAGCUAACCUUUUUCUGGACGAUGGUGAGAUUGUGUGUGCUAUCCAACAGAAACUAUGUGCUGGGGACUUGAUAACGAACACAUAUAACAGUGACUUCACCAUGAAAUGUCACUGUCCUGAAGAAUUGUUAUGUGCCAGUUACCCUCAUAGUGUAUACGAAAGCUGGAAUCAGUUUGUUGGUCAACUGCAGGAACAGGACGUAUGUUACAGUAACUUUCUAGUGAUUAACAUAGGGACGUGGUUGAGUUAUUGAACGUAGUGUAGAGUUAGAGUAGUCUAAUUUAGACAUUUAAUGUUAAGUCAUUUCUCAGACAUGGUUUAACUUACUGUAAGAUAAAGGAACUUUGUUUCUUCAGUAUACCUCAUGGUGUCAACGAAUCCCAUUCUACCGCAACCAACUCCAUUCUAACAAGUGCCACGUCUUCUAUGACGUCCAGAAGGGGCGACCGGUCGUUUUGGUAGACAACUACAACUUCUUUCUGAUCGGAGAGAUGUACUCUUUACAAGAUUACAACGAAUACGUCCUUUUCCCUUCUGACCCAAAGGCUGACAUUAGUUUAGUGACAUUACUGUCUGGUAUUGUCACCAGAAAUAUUGUCGACGACUGUGACAAUCCAGAAGAUGUUGUUUAUGAGGAGGAAGAAGUGAAUCAACAUCGUUUGUUCUUCGUGUUUACAUGUAGGUUAAAAACUUUAUAUUAGGUUGUUUAAAUAAUUCAGUGCCCCCUAAUUCCAAAAAUUUUCUUUGAGAGGAGGCACGGAACUAUUUGAACAAAAAACAUUUUAUGAUGAUUUAGUUUUAAUCGCUGAUUUUUCUAUUUGAUGCCUUAAAUAUUACAGGUAAUGCCAAGGGCUGUGACUCGUACAUCGAAGACAACAUCCAGAACGCCACCGAAUCCUUGAGUAGGUACGCACCUCAAUGUAUGACUAUCGACGAAGAACACAACUUUAUAAAACGAGUAGGAGACUACAAAGAGGAUCGGGCAGCCAUAAUGACUCAUACAGUAAUGAGGCAUGCAAGUAUGUGUACUGUAGAAUAAAAACGGAUUUUAAAAUCAUUUAAAAAAUUUAUUUUUAUAAAAAGAUUUGUAUAAAAGUUUUAUAUUAGGUGCCGACAUAAAGAACCCGCCAUACUUUUCUUUUAAUUCAUGUAGAAAAUGGGUUCUUUAUGUCGGCACCUAUUAUUUUAUAAGAAAGCCUUGCAAAGCUUAUUGUUAAUGUUUUUUGAUGAGAACAGAUAGAACAGAGCAGGAAUUACAUAAGUUAUGGUUAAUUUUGUUUGAUGAGAAAAGACGUUAAAAUUUAAAAAUAAAUUUUGAAUUUAGCUCAAACCGGCUUCUGCUUCUUCCAAUACAUAUCUGAGGAAAGCCAGCAUACCGGGGAUGUUGGGUAUGUCCUACGUCCGGUAAGUCUAUUUUAUCGAGUGUAAAAUAUUGAUCAUCUUAAAAUUGCUUACUUGAUUAUAUUACAAUAUAGAAAAGACUAAUUUAAGAUACGAAACGUGAAAUACGGAAUUUGCGAAGUUUUUUCAAUGUCAUAAUAUAUAAAGACCUAAAUUCAGUUAAAAGGUUACUAAGUCGAGUAUAAUAUUGGCAUUGAUUUUAAGGCAUUGCCGUCUGACAUAAAGGACCACCCCUGCCCAUCGUACUCCAUUGACCCGUGGUGUCGUUACAACGAACAAACUUUGUCAUUCUGUUGUCUACCAUACAAUGAACACAUUUACCCAUCCAUUGAAGGUAAGUCUUUUAGAAAUAAUGUAGAUAUGAAAUAGAUUCUGGAUGGUUAUGAAGGUCUGUAACUACAGGGUUGUGGAGUAUAUGCAAAUUUGUGAAAGUCUGAAAAAUGUCUUUAUGCUACAGGGCUUAUAAAGCUGGGGGUGUGAAAAAAUGCUUUUCCCAACUUUGAUGGAUGGUUUUAACGUAUUUUCGGUAAUUUUUAUAUGUUUCACAACUUGUAGGUAACUGUUUUUCAUGUUGUUGGUACUAGUACCAACAAUUGUUUUGAAAAUUUUGAUGACUGCAUCUAAAUUUAAAAAAGUCCUUUUUUGUAAACCCAAGGCUAUAUCUGAAAAACCAGUUAUUCAAACUUACUUUUUCUUUCAAAAAUGUUGUAGUAUGUGUAUUGAUACACAAAUUCCAUAGGCUAAUUGAUAAAAAAACACGGUUGAUGACACAGUAAACUGUAAUAAAAAUGAACAUAGUUAAAACCAACAUUUUGAUUGGACGCCCAAAACCGGGUCGUAAAUUUAUCUUUUGGCAUUUUUUUAAUCUAUCACAAUGUUUAUCAGCUCUAUACGAUCCCUUCGAGCUAUUGUCGCUUUCUUUAAUGAUACUACCGCUUUUACAAUCGCGCGAUAUAUGUAACAGGGAAACACUUGACCAUCAAGGGGAAAGAAACAGUUGACACGCACCAGCUUUUUUGGCGAAAUUAUUUAUACAUUUAUUUGGGGUGGGUACUCAUAAAGAAUUUUAAUUUUUAGAUGUUUAUGAAUACAAAUGGUAUACCUUCAUCGCCAUUGGGGUUCUGGGUCCCCCCCCCCCUCCUCCAGCGCCCGGCCCUGAUUGUAUUAUGUAUCGUUUCAGUCAUAGCUACUGGUGAGGACGUUAUUAACGAUACUGUUGCUGAACCGGGACAAUGUGCGGUUCAUAGCGUGAACGAUGGCCUUCUUGGAGUGUCAGAGGACCAAUGUGGUGAACAGAGAGGAUGCUACGAUGAGUUUGUGUACGUGGCACAAUCUGUAAGUUAGUGUGGAUUAUUCUACAUUAUUGUACUUAUGUUAUGAAUGAUAAAUGGCAUUUCAGCUGCAUCGUGUCAGUGGAUGCACGACGGAUGCAGUAAAGGCUGUAAUAGAGAAUGGCACGAACCCCAUUCACGGUGGAGUAAUCUGUAGCAUAAAACAACAUGUUCACAACCACAACUAUCCCUACAGAGACGAAUGUGUUGUAGCAGAUACGGGACUGCCAUACGCAGAUGGACUCAAGAUCACCUGGCCAAAUGAGACGAUGGGCGACAGACUUCAGAGCACCAAAGUCAUGUGUUGUUGCUACGAUGAGUCGUGCGAUGACAUCACCUCCAAACUCGUCUUCUACUACGCUGAUUUUGUCGAUGGCCAUGAAGAAGAUCUGGAACAAAAAAUGAAACAUUUAGACCAUUAG